GAUCAUCUUUCAGUUGUUCAGCUGUGCCGUGACUGGACUACACCUCUUUUUUUCACUUCUACAUAACACAUUUACACAUUUCAGCCCACUCCAUACAGCAUAAUGGCUCCUGUGGAGACUGAGUACUAUGACUUGUUGAACGUUUCCGUGGACGUUAGUGACACAGAUCUCAAGAAGGCGUACAGGAAGCAAGCCAUGAAGUACCAUCCCGAUAAGAAUCCGUCGCCCGAUGCUGAAGAGAAGUUUAAAGAAAUAAGUAAAGCAUACCAAGUCUUGUCAGACCCCAAUUUGAGGGCUGUCUAUGACAAAAAUGGUAGAUCUAUGGCGGACAAAGAAGGCAAUGUCAAUAUGGAGGAUGCAGCAGGAUUCUUUGCCAACGUUUUCGGUGGUGAAAGAUUCAUGGAAUAUAUUGGUGAAAUUUCUCUUAUGAAAGAGAUGACUUCAGUCGCCACGACAAUGAUGAGCGAGGAAGAGAAAGCAGAUAUAGAAAGAGAACUUAAUGGUGGUUCGCCUUCAGCGGGUCCUUCGUCGCCCAUGGUCACCCAUGAAACACCAGUCCCACAGUUGCCACAUACACCCGACCACUCCACCUCCGCUCGCCCCCCCUCUCAGCUGAACACCACACCACCCGCCCUCACUCCUGUUGAUGAGGCUUCGAAACGAACAUCUCAGUUGUCAUCACCCUCUCCGAGCACCGCCAGCGGCAAGGAAGCUGCGAGCAUGUCACCUUCCAAAGAACAGUCACCACCAAAGAAAAAGCAUAAAUUGACGCCUGAACAGAGAAAGCAGCUUGAAGAUCUAGAAAAAGAGAGACGUCGGGCAAUGGAAGAACGGAUCAGCACUCUUACCGUUAAACUCCUCGAUCGACUAAGACCAUUUGUAGAAGCUAAGCAUCCAGGAGAAAAGGAUGAUCCAGAGACAUUGGCAUUCCAGGCGAAAAUGAAAAGAGAGGCUGACGACUUGAAGCUGGAAAGUUUUGGUGUUGAGCUUCUACAUACCAUAGGUACUGUUUAUAUGAUGAAAGCUUCAUCAUUUCUCAAAUCGAAAAAGUUCCUUGGCCUUGCUGGCUUUUGGUCACGGCUGAAAGAGAAGGGUUCAGUUGCCAAAGAUGCUUGGGGAGUCAUUGGAAGCGCUCUAAGCGUGCAAUCCUUAAUGCAAGAAAUGGAGAAACUUCAAGCCAAAGGUGAGUUGGGGGAGGACGAAAUGAGGGCACUGGAGCAAGAUGUUACUGGCAAAAUUAUGCUAGCGUCUUGGAGAGGAACCCGGUUUGAGGUUGUUCAGGUCCUGCGUGAGGUCGUCGAUAACGUUCUGAAAGACAAGAAGGCGUCUGAUUUAGUGCUAUAUAACCGAGCUAAGGGUUUACUUAUCACGGGUGCAAUCUUCAAAUCGACAGUUCCUGAUGAGUCUGAUGAAGAACGUCGCGAACUAGAGAGGAUGGUAGCAGAAGCUGCUGCGGGUAAAUCCAAGCACCAGCAGUUACGUACAGCUGCUGCUAAAACGAGGAAGGACGGCAAGACAUCUCCCAAGGAUGUGGAGCAUGCUGAGAAGGCCACAAGACCUGCUGAACCCUCUGGUCCAUGAGUAUGGUCACACGCCUAUUUCACACAUUGCAUACGUAUAGCAGUAGGAUUCUGCAUUGGAUAAUAGAUUACGAGUUAUUGAUACGUGGGCUUUACUGUUCAGUGACUGAAAUUUUAAGCCCCACCAAUGCGUUUUCCAGAAUUACAUUUUAUGUAUGAUUUAUUGUGCAAGUGUUACAGCU